UUACUGUCAAGAUGGCCGACCUGCUGCGCAUGCGUACCGUAGACCGCGCAGCCACCGCAGAUGGUGCAGUGACAAACGUCGUUUUUUUUUUUACUAAAACACACUCGCUUCACUAUUUAAUUCUACCGGAAUUAGUACAGAACGUACUGAAGCCUCCAUCAGUAAUUUACUGGACUAAAACAUAAUACGUUAAAUCUUCGUGCCCGGUUGAAGCUUCUCGGCUUCGUUUAGCUUAGCUUAGCUCGCUAGCCGCCAACAAAGAGACGCGUUUGCGAUCAACACGUCGCGAAGGAGAGGUCAAGUGUGAGCGUCAAGUGUUGUGUUUGUCGUGUGAAAAUGUGUGCAAGAAGGACGGUAGAGUGCCAAGAUGAACUUUGGGGACCAAAAGAGGAGAAGGAGCCACCAUGUCAACUACUGGACGCUUUGUGCAGGAUGCAGCCUCGAGUUGGGUUCCACAUAGCAGACGUCAAUGAAGAUCUUGGUCCUAAGCGGCAGGAGGCAGAGCCCCCUCACAUUAAAGAGGAUGCGCAGCCAGAGCCCUCUCGCAUCAAAGAAGAGGAGGAGCCAGGGCACCCUCUAAUUAAAGAGGAAGAGCAGCCAGAACCCCCCUGUUUUAAAGAGGAGGAGCCAGAGUGCGCACACAUCAAAGACGAGGAGGAAGAGGGGGAUAUCACCAAGUUGCCAUCGACUUGUGUCCUUUUUCAGAGUGAAGAUGGUCAAAGUGAGAGAGGGGUGGCGCCUCUCAGCAGCAGGAGCUCAAGUCAACACAUGACAACAGAAGGCGAUAAAGACCACUGUGGAAGAUCACAAGCAGGCGGCCUCAUAGCCCCACUAUCUGCUAGUGAUGACACAAAGUCACACGCUCCUCUCACUGACGAUGAUGAACAGUCUGAAGGAGAUUUGUCAUGUCACACUGGCAACAGACACUGGAAAUGUUCUCAGUGUGGGAAAACCUUUGUCUACAAGUCUCUUUUGAAAAGGCAUCUUAUGAGCCACACUGGAGAGAAACCCUUUGCCUGCUCAUAUUGUGGUAAAAGAUUGUUGACAAAAGAUCAUUUGAAUUCACACAUAAGAACACACACUGGAGAGAAACCUUUUGCCUGCUCAGUUUGUGGCCAAAGAUUCUCUCGUAAGACAAACUUAAGAAGUCACACAAAAACGCACACUGGAGAGAAACCUUUUGUGUGCUCAGUUUGUGGUCAACGAUUCUCUGAGAACGCAAGCUUAAGAAGACACACAAGAACACACACUGGAGAGAAGCCUUUUUCCUGCUCAGAUUGUGGUAAAAGAUUCACUCAGAAGGGAGACUUAAAAAUACAUACAAGAACACACACUGGUGAGAAGCCUUUUCCCUGCUCAGUUUGUGGCCAAAAAUUCUCUCAUAAGACGAAUUUAAGAAGUCACACAAGAACACACAUUGGGGAGAAACCCUUUUCCUGCUCAAUUUGUGGCCAAAGAUUCUCUCAGAAGGUAACCUUAACAAAUCACACAAGAACCCACACUGGAGAGAGACCUUUUUUCUGCUCAGUUUGUGGUCAAAGGUUCACUCAGAGGGGAGACUUAAAAAUACACAUAAGAAAACACACUGGAGCGAAACCUUUUGCCUGCUCAAUUUGUGGUCAAUUAUUCUCUCAGAAGGGAAACUUAUUUAGACACUCAAGAACACAUACUGGUGAAAAAACCCUUUCCUGCUCAGUUUGUGGCAAAAGAUUCUCUCAGCAGCAACAAGUUAAGAGACACAAGUGUGUUGGUGAGAGGAGCAGUGAUCAAUGAAGGUUUCCAAGCAGGCUUCAUCAGUUAAUGUACCAAGGGUGAUUGUAUUCUAUGUGCCUUCUUAAAGGAGCCCUGUGGACAAGAGUUCAGAAUUGGCACGUGUGCUAAAACACUUGUAGUAUUACAUCUGCUCUCCUCAGUGUUUUUGUUAUGUGCAUAUCAAAUAAGCAAACAAUUGAUUAAAAUAGACUGUGAGGAAUCUUUGACUCUUUGGGUUAAGAUUAAAAAGUGCAUAUAUGAUCCUGAAGAAAAUGGACAUACAAUUUUUAAAAUAAUGUACUAUGUAACUAAAUGUCUACGUGUCAGUAUUUGCUUUUAUUUUUGCUUUGGUUAACUCUGCCGUCUGCUGCCAGGUCGGCGUUGCAAUUGAGAAUCCGUGGUGAAUGGCCUCACCUGGUUAAAUAAAACUUACCAAUAAAUCUAUACUCUAGGCUUUUUUUCCUGCCUUUCCGUUGGCCUGCGGAUAAAGAGGACCAAAAGUUACAUGUUUGAACUCAUCCUCUCAAACUAACACCAACUCCAACCCACCAACCCGGCUGCCUCCUCCAGGUAGCCAGUUUGGGGCACCUCAGUGGGGCCCCGGAUCCCUCGGUGUGGGUAGUGUCCCGUCCACCGGGCCGCUCCCGGGUCCCUGGCCUCGACCUCGUUUCUCGGGUUGGUCCUCAGCCCCGCGGUGCAGGCGCAGCAAUUACAGGACGCUUUGGACCGUUAUUGUGCAUGCAAGACAGUGUAAAUUCACUUUCAUGUGUCUGCAGACACACACACCUGGAACUUAUUUGCUCAGCGUGGAGCCAUUCACUCAUUGCUAUAAAUAACUCUUAUAUCUAUGCGAACCUUCUGGGUCUCCCCUCACUUGCACUCUGUUUCUAUAGAUGUUUAGAAUUUACUCAGCCACUCACACCACACUUCAGUUCAACAGCCAGGUCCAGUACCUCUGUCCUGCAUGCUCCCCCUCCUGUACUUUUCCUGUCCUAUAUCGUCCUGUCCUUCCUUCACAGGGUGUAGCACUAUUGCCCCAUACACCACUUGAAUCUAAUGUGUUGCAGUUAGUAUCCUGUCUUUUUUUGUCCUCUUCCUAUAAUCUGUAGUUAUCUUUUCACUGUCUCUUCCUUUUUUCCCCCAGUCACUCCCCUUUAAAACGUUGUUCUGUCCGACUGAAAUGUUCAAUAAAUAUCCAUCAGAAUAUAAAGAACCACAGUGGCAGCCUAAAACCUCCACAGUCCCACAGUAAAACUGGCAUAAAAGGGAUACAUAUUCUACAUUCUGCCUCACACGUCUUCUGCACAUCUGCCUCAUAGUUCUGAGGACUGGGUUUCAAAUCCCGGCCUCGCCUGUGUGGAGUUUGUGCUGUGUGGUGAGCCACAAACGGUCCCUGGGCAGUAAUUUGGACGACGAUGUCUUAAGGUGUCAUCGUUUACAUGCACUUUUGGUGUGUUGUCUUUCAUGUCUUCCACCGACACAACAAGUUCAGCGAAAUCCCCGACAUUCCUCCCCUUGCCAGCUCCUUACUAUUCCACACUGAACACUGCACUUCUUUGACCAUCUCUUUUGUUCACCCUGAUUGCUUUUCCCUGUUGGCCUCCAUCCUUGCACGUAAUCAGCAAUGAGCCAUUUCUUAAUAGCGCUUACUUUUUUGAAAUGACUAUUUCUUUGGCUAUUGCUUUGGUUAAUGUUAUCGGAUUCCACUCACCGAAUGUAGCUUCCUCUCGCAAGAGUUUGACAACUACCUUUGGGUCCACUACUCUUGUCCGUUCUAAGUUCUCACAAUUCAUCAUCGCUACCUGUUUCUUUCUUUUCCUUUCUACUACUCCUCACUGUAUUCCACUCUUAAAAUGUCCAUCUCUCCAAGCUCACUUCCUGCCGUCUCCUGUCUACUCACAGUCCCGUGUUCAGCAACCGCCCUCCAGCUCCAGGCCUGAUUCGAGUCCUACGAGUUUAAGCGGCGCAGACAUUAUAGGCUUUACGGUAGUGCUCGGGGGAUGACGAAAGGUACAGACCAAUCUGCAUGCGAGUUUAGGCUUCGCACGUGACUGCACUCGGCCAAUCACGGCCGAAGAUUCACUUCCACGCACGUCUUAUUUUUCCGUUUCCUCAUAUGCUUCCACUUGUUUCACUAAACCUUCGUGAAUUUGGACUGAAUUUGCUUACGUUUCGACGCAGUACGGCCGUCAUUACUUCGCUAAGACUAAAACAUUAUUCGUUGAAUCUUCGCGCCCGGCGAAAUUUGUCGCGGUGCAAGUUUCAAGAUUUUCGGCCUAGUUUAGCUUAGUUUGCUAGUCGCCGACGCGUUUGUGAGCAACACAUCGCUUAGCAGAGAUCAAGUGUGAAAAUGUGCGCAAGAAGGACAGCAGAGGUCGAGGAGGAGCUUAGUGGACCAAAACAGGAACUAUUGGACGCUGUUUGCAAGAUGCAGCGUCGAGGUAUGUUACGUACAGCUGGUUUGGGCACGUCAUACUCUUUGAUGUAGGCAAUUAUAUUUUUAACAAUGAUCCUGUGAUUAUUAAAUAUAAGCAUUAUUGAGAUCCUAUAAUGUGUACUAUGUGGCUCUGAUGGCACCCAUUUGUAAAAAGCUAAAUAAACAUAUUAUUUUGCA